CACGCGCGGAACAUUCUCUCGCACUUGCGAUCAGUUUGUUGAUCCUAUUAAAGUGAAUUUGGAAAAGACGAAGCUCAGAAGGAGGCUGAAGCAUCUUUAAGUGCGCGUGCAUCUCUCUGAGCGCGUGAACAUCAUAUGUGCUGCCUCAGAAGACUCUCUAUAUCACUACAUCGCCUCAGUGGCUUUGAAAACGCUUCUAAAACGCCUCGUCUGAAUGCCGAAAACUUUCCAGGAAUAUUUAGGAGAAUUUGAGAGGAUUUUGGUUUGAUUUUCUGUCAGUAAUACCUACUGAGUAAAAGUAGUACUUUUGGAGCUAUUUGAAGGCGGAAUACGAAGUGAACGCUGCGUUCUGAGGGGGAUUCAGAUUUACGGUCCUUCUUUUUUAACGGUCCUUCUUUGCUGACGGUUCAGUUUGGAAGUUUCUGAGUUUUCUGACGGAAGAAAAUGGGCAUAACUGGUUAUUUUGUGCUGCCGUGGAAAUGCCUGGUUGUUGUGGCUCUAAGACUGCUGUUUCUUGUGCCCGCAGGAGUGCCCGCGAGAAGCGGAGACUCUUAUCUAAAGGACAACAUCACUGUCAGACAGGGAGACAGUGCCGUCUUGAAGUGCAAUGUGGACAACAAAGUAUCUCGGGUGGCAUGGCUCAACCGGACAACUAUUCUCUUCACAGGAAAUGAAAAGUGGACUCUGGACCCCCGGGUGGUCCUACUAAGCACAGCAAUCACUGAAUACAGUAUAAAGAUUCUAAAUGUGAACCUAUAUGACGAGGGGCCAUAUGUAUGUUCCAUUCUCACGAACAAGAAUCCGGAAUCAACGAAGGUGCAUCUCAUCGUACAAGUUCCUGCCAGGAUCGUAAACAUAUCCACGGAUGUUUCGGUGAACGAGGGCAGUAAUGUAACCCUCGUGUGUCUGGCCAUCGGACGACCUGAACCCACCAUUUCAUGGAAAUUCCGCUCCCCAAAAGGUAGUAAAAUUGUGACCGAUGGCGAGUAUGUGCAAAUGACUGGAAUAACCAAAGAGAUGUCUGGCUCUUACGACUGCAUCACUUCAAAUGACAUCUUGACUCCAGAUGUGAGAACAGUUCAGGUUACUGUAAACUAUCCGCCCAUCAUUUCGCGAGCUCGGAGCACGGGAACAGCAGUUGGCCAGAAAGGAGUUCUGUGGUGCGAGGCAUCAGCGGUUCCUCUGGCAAAUUUUGAAUGGUAUAAAGGGGACCACAGACUCUUCAACGGACUCAAUGGGGUCAAGAUCGAAAACAAAGGUAAACAAUCCAUGCUAACGUUCUUCAAUGUCUCUGAAGAGGAUUACGGGAACUACACCUGUGUGGCCAUGAACACGUUGGGGAUAACAAACGCAAGCAUCAUUUUGUAUGGCCCCGGAGCGAUACAUGAUGUGAACAAUGCAGCCUUAUCACCAACCAGCUCGUUCUUACUUCUAACUCUCGUCCUUAUUCUCUCGUUCCUGAGCAAGUUUUGAUGCUAAAGCAUUGCGUCCGCUUCUCCUUACAAACACAGACUCACAGUCUCACACACAGAGGGAGAAAUACUUUAUUGGUUAUUAUUAUCAGUAUUACGUUUAAAUUAUUUUGCCUUAUAUUUUAUUUCUAAAGGAAAGUGUCAGUGUGGGUUUAUGGAUCUGUAAUAAGAUGCUUUGGGAUUUAACCGUGUUUUGAAACAGUGAACUGGACUGUGAACUGAGUGAGUUUUAUUUAGCUGGGUAGAAAUAAUAAUAGAACCACUAUAUGUGUCUCUCCAACAUUUGUAUGUGAAAAGACAAGCAAAAAUUCAUGUAAUCGUGAAUAACUGGAUGGUUUUUUGCUUAGUAUUGAACUGUGUGACUUGAGGUUACUGGUGUGUCCUGUUUCCUUGUAAAAUAACAUGGUUUUCUUUUUCUUUUUUUAAAUAAUCGAUAAAAAAAUGACAAACAGCAAAAAAGAAACAAACUGUUUUAAAAAAGCAUGAUAUUUGAUUUACUGUACAUGUACAGACAUAUGCAAAUACUAUUCAUACAUGAAUAAGAUCUAUGCGUUCAAAAUACAGUAAUAUAGCACACAGUUCCUGAAAACAUAGUGCAUCCCUCAAUGUUCAUCUACCAAUGCUGCCAAUGUUAUUCACAUGACAGAGGAACCACAAAGAUAACCUGCACGUGUACUAAGCUGACAUAGUUCCAAGCAGUAGGAUAGGCUCCUUACCUGGUCUAAUAUACAGUAUUAUAAGGUCCUUGUAGAGAUGUCUUUACUGUAGAUGCCCAAAAGACUUUAAUUGAGCCGGUUGAUAGCGUCAUUUGUUUGCACAAUAAUAAUAAUAAUAACACAUUUAAUUUAUAUAGCACAUUUCCAAUGCUUAAAGCGAUAUACAAACAACAAACAUAUACAUCAAAACGAAACCAAACAACUCUAGUCCAGAGUCGGAGUCAAUCAUAUAGCAUUAAUCUGCACGUAUCUGACACAACAGUACAGACAGAAUGAGCAAUAGCGGAAAAAUAACAUGUGCAAGGUAGUUCCGCGUGGAAUGGGUACACCUAGCAACCCGUGUUGCCCCGCAUCUCACAUGCCACAGAGACAAGGCGAGUGCAAACUCCAGGACCUCAAAUGGCAAACGGGAACACACACAAAGACCGGCUCACACCGGAAGACACAAAAUGAAGUUAUCUGCAUUGUUUUAGCAUGCGAUUCAUUAAAGGAAUUAGGGACCGUUCAGACCGAACGUGUUCUUGUGUUAAAAAAGAUAGACACAGCGUAACUAAUGGAACAGAAUGCAGGUAUCUCGAGACAAGUUUUUAAAAGACACUAAAGUUUCGCUCAUGUACGAGACAAAGCGCAGCGGUCAAAGAAGCCCAUCUAGCGCAUGUUUAACUAUCAAAACAGUGCAGAGGGAUGCAAAAAGUUUCGCUGCGAGCGCCCCAUACGUAUAUCAGGUAAUAACGCAAACACACUAAAAUUUUUUGCGCUGAACUGAUGUCGGUUCUGCAUGCUAGGUUGUGCAGGAUACUUUGUGGAAAAUCCCUUUUCAGAUACAUUUGAUUACAUUUAUUUUGGGUGACAUAUUAUUGAAGUGUUUCAACUGUUCUUUCUCAGGUUUUCGGUGCUGAGUUUCAUUUAAUAUUGUAUGAUUUUGUAUUCUUGAAUCUUAUUAGUAAAGCACAUUUGAAAGAAGUCAGAAGUGUUAUCUAAAAUGGUAUAUAAUAAUAAUAAUAAUAAUACAGCACAGUAUAUAUUUAAUAUCUUCUGAGGAAAAGAUCCCAAUAAUAGACACAUUUCCUUGCGUAUCUGUGGGUGAUAACUAUCGAUUUAUCCGUGAUCUUUGGCUCUAAUUUCCACACUAAUAUAAUGUCAUAUAAAUGUCAAAUUCUGCAUGUCUGAGCAGGUGAAAUAAAAUUUUAA